CUCCAGCUAUCAAAUAGUAAAUUCUACCAACCUAUUGCAACAGACCCCACUAAACACAUUCAGUCCCUUAUUAGGGUGGUGUGUCAAGAGGGAUUAUCCAUGGGAUUUAUCUCUUCUUCUACAUUUAAAUACUUACAAAAUGACUUCCCUAGGAUACCUAUCUUCUAUAUUCUUCCUAAGAUUCAUAAAGGCAUCAUUCCACCCCCAGGCCGACCUAUUAUUUCUGGUUCAUCUUCUGUAUUGGAACCAGUUGCCAAAUAUCUAGACUCCUUUUGCCAACCAUUUGUCCCUCUCUGUGAUUCCUACAUUAAAGACACAAAGCACUUCAUUAAUAUCGUAGAAAAUCUCAAUAUUGAGGAGGACAGCAUUUUAGUUACGAUUGAUGUCACCUCACUCUAUACUAACAUUCCACUAGAUGAGGCUCGUACCAUUAUAGAAAAUAUCCUUCGUAGGAGAACAAAGUUGCAACCACCUACACACUUCUUGAUGGACUUGUUAGAUAUAGUACUAGAGAAAAAUUAUUUCCGUUUUCAAAACCAAUUUUACUUUCAGACCUUCGGUGUCGCUAUGGGAAGUCCGUUAGCUCCAUCGAUUGCCAAUCUAUUCAUGGCACAUUUAGAAAACACUAUAUUGCUUAAUCCAUCUUUAAAUAUGUACUAUUCUAAUAUAAUAUACUAUGGCCGAUUCAUUGAUGAUAUAUUCAUAGUAUUUAAAACAACUGAAGCCGCAGUAGGAUUCUCUAAUUGGAUUAACACUAUACAUACGUCUAUUAAAUUUACCAGUCAUCUCAACCUGUCACAUAUCAAUUUUUUAGAUGUUACUGUGUAUAAACAUCAUAACAAACUGUUGGUCAAGAACUUCAGAAAACCAUCAGAUAAGAAUUCUUUUCUUCAUUAUAACAGCUUCCACCACUUUGGUUUAAAGACCAAUCUUCCAUUUUCACAACUACUUAGACUAAAGCGUAACUCAAGCUCUAAUGAACACUUCAUUCAUGAAAGCCUGACCUUAAGCCAGGAGUUUAGAAGUAGAGGCUAUCCUAAACAUGUCAUCAAAAAGGCAUUAAUUAAAGCUGAAAAAACUGAUAGAACCACCCUACUGAAAGAAUCUGCUAAACCAACUAAAAAUCAAAUUAUCUGGACACAAGAAUUAUCACAUUACUCCAAACACAUAAUCCAAAUUAUAAAAAAACACUGGCAUCUUCUUCAAGAUAUUUCAGGUUGCGAUAAAUUACCUAUUUUUGGAAACAGGCGUACUAAAAAUAUUAGAGAAUAUUUAAUCCAUACAGAUUUAACCACUCCUAUUAGUACACCAAAGAGCACCCUGAGAGGCCAUUAUCCUUGUGGUCACUGUAAGUGUUGUCCUCAAUCUUGGAAGACUAAGGAGAUAUAUAAUCAUAGGAACAAAGUGGGCACCACACUAAAACAUUUUUCUACCUGUAAUAGCAACAAUGUAAUCUACCUCUUGACAUGUGACUGUGAUCUCUGGUAUAUUGGAAAAACAACCAGAUCCUUGAGAAUCAGAAUCUCUGAACAUAAAUCCAGAAUCAAAAAUUUAUCUACAGAAUCUCUUUUAUAUUCACACUUCACCCAAUACAAACAUUCACCUACCUCAUUUAAAUUUUGUGUUCUGGAAUGCAUCUCUCAAAAACCUUUCAUGGACUUGGAAAAACUAUUAUCCCAAAGGGAAAUGUACUGGAUCUUUAAGUUUAAAACCUUUUCCCCUCAGGGACUUAAUGAAUCACUUAAUUUUAGCUGUUUCCUUUAAACCUUCAAGUACUCUUUAAAAACCCUUGAGUGAACCUUCAGAAUUACUCGCAGUUGAAAUCACCACAAGCAGAGUCACUCAGUGAAAGCAUUUAGCACUAUAUAGAAAUUCAUUGUUGCUGAGUUUAACAACUCCUGAAGAAGGGGUUUUCCCCUGAAACAGGGUCAAAAAUACCCGGGACCCCUGUAGAGAAUUGGGACUUUAUUUGUACUUUACUUUUGAAGACUUUUUUGAGAGCGGUGCUCCAUCAUUAUUUUCUUCAAUCAAAUAUACAGCAACUUUUUGACAAUCGUUCGUUUGUGUGUAUAGAUACUCUACAAGUAUUCUGGGACUUUGUAUAGUA